AUGGAAGAUUUAUAUCUGAAGAAAGAUGACGGAAGACAGACUAUUAGGAACAGACGAUCAGAACUAGACCACGAAAAACAGAAAUUGAAGGAGACACGACUAGGAGUAGAUGAUAGAGGACAGACAAGGGAAGACACAUGCCGGAAUGAAGGAAAUGGAAGAUCAAUAUCUGUAGAAAGACGACGGAAGACAGACUACCAGAAACAGAUGAUAGAGGACAGACAAGAGAAGACAGAUACUGGAAUGAAGGAAAUGGAAGAUUUAUGUCUGAAGAAAGAUAACGGAAGACAGACUACCAGAAACAAACGAUCAGAACUAGACGACGAAAGACAGAAAUUGAAGGAGACACGACUAGGAGUAGAUAGAAUACUGAAAAGAUUGAGCGAAAUCAAAACUACAGAAGACAAAAAGCGAAAUACAGACGACUGA